AUGGCCUCUGUUUGCAUAACUAACUGCGUCAAUGAUACAUGUCUUCCCGUUCGGCCAACCUAUGUAAACAUGUACAAGUGGCCAGAAUCCGAUGUAGAAUUUGUGAAGACAGUAAACUCUAACAAUCACCCAAGUGGAGUUGACAGCCUCUACUGCAGGCAAAUGUACUUGAGGAGCUACAAAUUCUCAAGGAAGGAAAUGGGUGUCACUGAGAAGACCAUGAAGUGUUUGAGCAGACUUAAAGAGAGUGUGGUUUGCGCCAGAAAUAGAUUAAAUCUCAAGUAUGAGUAUAAGACUCUCGGGAGGGCCAAAGAUGUUACUCAUGCUGCCUUCUUCACAAUCUUUCACAAGCUGCUAUUGUGCUCUGCCAAGGUUGAUGUGGCUCAUCAUGAUUUCUAA